CUUUUGCGUUUCGGAAGACAGGCACAAUACUCUUCUGCAUAUAUUUUCAUGAGCUAAACAAAAAGAUCUCGCACCAACAGAAGUAUCCGAAAAAUUCCAGCUAGUUACCGCUUGUGACUUUUUGUAAAACCGGUUAUACAUUCGCCGCUGCAUGUUCGACGAAAUGCCUCGUCGAGUACGCCACUAAGAUUCGCUCCGCAUCUACGUCGAUUCCCCUCCGCUCCGCUUUCCCGUCCCGGAAUCCGGCGAGAUCGAAGCGGCCCCCCCGCCCCGCGCUAAUCCGGCGCCUCGCCGCCGCCCCCGCACCGGGGUUUGGAUCUCCGGGCUCGGGAGUCGGGAGGGAGGCCUUGAUGGUGCUUUGGAUCCGGAGGGCGAGGAGGAGGCAGCGAUGAGCAUGCUGGCGUCGGCGGGGCUCCACCGGCUGCGGAGGUCGCCAUGGGAGGUGCUGUGGUCGGGGCUGGCCUCCUGCGGCCUCACGCUCCUCUCGCAGCUCGCCGUGGCCAUGGUACCCCGCCUCUUCCCCUCCCUCUCCCUCAUCGCCAUGCUCCCCAUCGCAGGCGUGGUGUUCCUGGUCGUUAUUGUGGUGGGCAGGUUCUGGAGGAGGUUCAUCGGAGUGGCGGUGUCGGCGCCGCUGUUUGUGCUGUUCAACAUCCUCUUUUUGUGGGGUGUUUACGUGUUUGUCAUUCGGGGAGGCACUUCUUCCCUGUUAGAUAUGGUAAUUAAUGCUGAAUGUGCAAUGCUUUUGUUUGGACUUUACAGGAUAUUUUCUGGUGAUCCUGGCAUUGUUGCCUAUGAAUCUUCAUUUUUUGAAGAAGCUGGCUGCAAGGAUUUUGUGGAAGCCAUAUGCCCGAGUGAGAAACUCUCAUCACUUCCAAGGGUAAGGCACUGUAACUGCUGCAAAGCAAAUGUUAGAGGUUAUGAUCACCAUUGUCCUGCAUUUGGUAACUGCAUAGGGCAGAAAAAUCAUCGGCUGUUUAUGGCCCUUUUGACAGGAUUUGUGGUUGCUGAAUCAACAUAUACAAUUUGUUCAACUAAAUAUAUCACUAGAUGCAUAAAUUCUGGAGCUAUAAGAUCAGAGAAUCCUCUAUCUGUAAACAUGGUAAUCGGCGCAAUGCUCUUCUCUGUUCUCCAAUUGCUCUGGCAGGUUGUGUUCUUGAUAUGGCACAUAUAUUGCAUCUGCUUCAACAUCAAGACAGACGAGUGGAUAAACUGGAAGAAAUACCCUGAAUUCCAGAUGAAGGGACAGCCUCAAUCAGAUUCUGAAGUCAAGUUUGUGAAUCCAUAUGACAAAGGCAUUCUCUGUAACGUUAGAGAUUUUCUGCAGCCGAGAUAACACGAGAUAAUCUGAAGUAGACUACAAAGACCUGAUCUGAGAGACGUUUAAAACAUGGGAAAUCAUGCAUCAAGUGAUCUGGAAUUCCGAAAGAUUGUUUUUGCCUCUUACAGCCAAAUUGAUGGGAAUUUGUUGUGAGCAUCAUUUGGCCACUAGUUAGAUCAACACGCAAUUAACAUUCUUUGAAAGCCUUAUUCUUGAGCGGUAGCUGUAUUACGUUGAAUGUUGCAGCAGACGUGAUUUGGGUGUUCCGCCCAAGUACAUACAUCCUGUAAUUCUAGAAAAUGAUUCCAUUGUAUGGAUUUGAGGAUUACGAUCGUAUUCCUUCAUGCAAUAUUUUAAUAUCUUGAGGUGCUAUUUUGUUUCUUUGAAAGAUCUAACG